AUGCCCAAACAUACCGAAAAGUCCACAAGUCUCAAACAUAAAUUAGGAGUGCAAAGAAAAAAGGAUGCACUCAACACUGGAAAGAGGAAAAAGGCUAAUAUUGCCGGUUUUGAGAAAAGGAUGGCUCGAAAGCCACAGGUGAAAAAGUCUACUGGUAUGGACGUAUACGAGUAUAACGAAAGGGAAGGAAGAAAAGGAAAAUCUCGUGCCAAUAUUACUCUCGAUCUCUCCAAGGAAGAAGCUAGAGAGUACGGUAUGCGAGAUGAUGAAGAAAAUGAACCCGAUGACCUGGAAAAAAUGCGUCUAAAACUCAAGAUGGGAGAUGAAGAGGACGUAAUUGAUAGUGAUGACGACGAAGAUAUCGAUUCUGACGCCGCUUUCGGUGAAAGUGACGAGGAACGCUUCGCAAAUUACAACCUCAAAGUCAGUGUCUUCCUAUUUCAAAAGCUGCCUCAAGUUCCUAAUCAAUUAGCAGUCUCAAGGCAAGGGUCACUCCAAAUCAUCCAAGCAGAAACAAGCCCAAUUCGAGAGCGCAAACUUAGUGGAAGUGAUGCAUCCGAGGAUGAGUCUGACGAUUCGACGGAGGAGGACGAAGACGAAGAAGUAGAAAAACUAUCCAAUGAUGACCUUUCAGCGGAUGAAGAUGACGAAGAAAACGAAGAUGCACUUGAAGCUCUCAAGGGUUAUAUCCAAAAUCUUGAAGAUAGCCGGACAUCUGGAACCAAGAGAAAAGUAUCUGAUUCAGAAGAAGCUACAGAAGUCCGGCCAACAAAACAAAAGAGGCGGUUAUUGAAAGAGCGUACCCAACCCGGUGAAGAAGGAGAGUUUAUGGCCUCCAGAGGAGCUGGGACCAAGCUUCAAUUCUCUGAUCUAAUUGCACCUCUAAACUCAGAAGGGGCAUCUUCCUCUGCCAUUGCUCUGACAUCCGCUAUGAAGGCUUUAAACAGUGCUAAGGCUGCACCUCUGUCUGCACCUUUACCAUUGAGAGUACAGGAUCGACUAGAUAGACAAGCUGCAUACGAACAAACAAAAUCAGAAGUACAGAAGUGGGAACCUACAAUGAAGCGCAUCCGAGAGGUAUAUAUUCAGGAUUUAUCAUCCCCUGUACUGCUGUCUUACCUGAAGCUCAAGAGCUUGGGUUUAGAUGUCGACGAAGAAGCCGAACGAAUGAAAGCUGAACUCGACCGUGCAAGAGAGCGAGCUACAUUGAAGCACAAAGCCACCGGAAAAUGGGCCAAAAGUAUGCGUGAGCGCGGCGAAAUGGAGGAAGAUCAAAGAAAAGAAAUGCAAGAGAUGUACAAUCGUGGAGAACAGCUCAAACGGAAAAUUGCAGGGGUGGAUUCUGACGAGGAGUCAGACGAGGAAAUGGACGAUGAUGACGAGGAUCCAGAGAUGAUUGCAACUCGUGCCAUGCAUGAGCUGGAUGCAUUGACGAUGGAUGACCCUGAUGCGGCUCCGUCCAAUCGCAAGAGUACUUUGAUGGACAUGAAAUUUAUGAAAGAAGCUGCCUCGAGAGGAGAGGCUCAAGUUAGAGGAACUGUGGACUCAUUCAAAGCAGAAUUGGAAAAGCUGGGUAUGACUGAGGAAGACGAGGCACCAAGCCAGCCGAAUCCCUUCUCCGCAACAGUCGUUGCGAGCACUACGGCAGAUACCGACGGGUUAUUUGAUGACCUGAGGGCGGAUGGGCCAGGAGGGAUGAAGGAAAAUCCAUGGCUCACAGUGAACUCAACUUCAACAAAGGUUUCACGUGCGAGGAAUGAAGUUAUUGUCAACAAGAACAGCAAUGCAGCCGCGUUAUCCAAGAAUGCGCUCAAAAAAAGAAUGCGCAAGACUGCUGAUGCUAUGACUUUGGCAAAAGAUGAUGCAGUCUUGGAAAUAGACCCGAACGUUACAAUGGUCUCCCCUGAAGUCAAUAAACCCCGAAAAGCCGGUCGCAAGUCAGCUGAGCAGGCCCAGACAAGACAGACGGAUACACAUAAUGUAGACGCUGCUCUUGUGGAUGAUGAAAUCACCGAUGAUGAGCGUGAAGCACAAGAAGCUGCUUUGAAUCGGCGAAAUGGACGCCUUACUGCAUUUGAGCAGCGGGAGCUCGUGGCCCAAGCCUUUUCCGGUGAUAAUGUUGUAGAAGAGUUUGCGGCUGAGAAACUUCGGGAAAUGGAAGCAGAUGCCCCUAAGGAAGUGGAUACCACGCUACCAGGAUGGGGGUCUUGGGGUGGUGCUGGUAUCACUAAGCCACCUCCUAAACCUGAGAGGAUCAAGCGGUUCCCUGGUGUUGACCCGAGGAGAAGGCAGGAUUAUGGCAAAGACCAUGUCAUCAUAUCGGAAAAGAAGGACAAGAAAGCGGAUAAAUAUCUUGUUAAGGACCUGCCGUUCCCUUACACUAGCAAGGCACAGUUUGAGCGCCGAUUGGAAGUUCCUCUGGGUAUGGAGUGGAACACACGAGUUUCAUUCCAGAAGGCCACAUUGCCGCGGGUUGUAAAGAAGGUGCGGACUUCACGAUACAAUACAUCCAUGUCAACUGACCAUAAACCAGAUGGGCACAAUCAUCGAGCCUUUGGAAAAGUUGUUCUAAGGAGGCAAAAAGUCUAG